AAUUUUUAGGAAAGAAGGGGAGGUGCAUUGAAUGAACAUUGCUAAACAGUGUCCUCCGAGAUUGAGAUAUCCAGAGCAGCGAAGGGUUCGCCGCAAGGAAAAAAACGAAAGGGUAUACCGCCACCGCCGCUGAAUACUUAGAGGUUCAUUCCUACGACACAACUUGCACUGCCUUUUCAACUCGUUAAUUAAAUAUACGGACAAAAGAGUGCCUUUGAGCCGCAUCUAACACCGUCUGAUCUCUGCCUCUCUCUUUUCCUUUGCGUUCUUUGCAUUCGAAGUCUGAGUUCUCUGCUUAGGGUUUUCACAUCUGCAGAAUUCAGAAUGGCUGAGGAAGAACAAGAAACAACCAGAGAAAAUAGUCCAGAGGAAAGGAAUCCAAAAUCAAAUGAUGAAAGGGUAGAAAGUCGACAAAAUAAAAGGAAGAAGCGAUUGUUAGAGGAAUCUGCAAAAGCUGACAAGCGUGGAGUUUGCUACUUGAGUCGGAUUCCCCCACACAUGGAUCCUUUAAAGCUUCGUCAGAUUCUCUCUCAGUAUGGAGAAAUACAAAGAAUUUAUCUUACACCUGAAGAUCCUGCAGCUCAAGUACAUCGUAAACGGGCUGGUGGAUUUCGAGGUCAACAAUUUUCAGAAGGGUGGGUAGAAUUUACCAAAAAGAAUGUUGCAAAGAGAGUUGCUAAGAUGUUAAAUGGUGAACAAAUCGGUGGGAGGAAGAGAUCAUCAUUCUAUUAUGAUCUUUGGAAUAUCAAGUACUUGAGUAAAUUCAAAUGGGAUGAUCUUACCGGAGAGAUUGCAUACAAGAAUGCCGUUCGAGAGCAGAAACUAGCAUUAGAAAUUUCUGCUGCUAAGAGGGAGCGAGAUUUCUACCUCUCUAAAGUUGAUAUGUCCCUCGCUUUGAGUUCUAUAGAAGAACGAUUAAAGAAGAAGAGAAAAGUGCAAGAAGAGUCCGGAGCAACUUCUGAGAUCCCCAGUGGCCAGCAGGCACCAAAGGUGAUUCGCCAAUUCCGACAGACACAACCAGUUGCAGAUAAUGCUGGAGAAAGAAAACGUCGACUUUCUAAAGACAUUCUUGCUGGAGUAUUUGGUGGUUCUUAGUGGAGUUUGUGUAUGGAGGAUAUGCUUCCAAUCCAUGAUGUUCCAACGACUUUCCCGAGUACCUCAUCUUCAAUUUUGUCAGCUGUCGUGUACGGAUUUUGAACUAUAUAUAUUUGGCAGUCCAGUUGAUUGUCAUGAGUCGGAGGAUCUAAUUCUGGCAGAUACUGUGAAUCAUACAUUUUUGUGUUUUGUAAGACAUUAUAAUCUGAGAUAAGAUUUUGACAAUUUUUUUUUCCUUCAAAA